AUGACUAACAACGAUAAUGCCAAAACAUACCAACAACUUUCAGCGCAGAUGGGAUGCAUAGCAGAUUUCCUAGGCGCCCCUCAGUCCUCUAUUCGACGCAGACCAAACCAAGUUAUAAUCCAUGAAGAAGAACCAACUAUAAAUCAGGUUCGACCACCUAGACAAGUGCCUGAUGAAAGGGUCAUGGGGGCAAGAUUAGAACAACAGUCAGUUCGACAGGAAGUCCCUGAAGAACAACCUAGGAGAGUAAUGAUGGUUAAUAGAGACCAGGAUGCAGACAAAGUAAUUCAUAGGGUUAGGCAAGAAAACAUGAUGGAAAAUAACUUAACUACUAUGAUAGAGAGAAUCAUGGCCCAGAAUGGUCUGAAUACAGGACUUCGACGACCAAAUUAUACCUCUCCUUUAUCAGAAUACGUCCUACAAACUGAAUUACCAAGGGGUUGUAAAAUCCCUAAGUUCACCAAACUCUCAGGGGACACUAGUGAAUCCACUAUAGAACACAUAGCCAGAUACAUGACUGAGGCAGGGGAUUUGGCAAACAGUGAGAACCUAAGAAUGAAAUAUUUCCCCAGUUCUUUAACGAAGAAUGCCUUCACGUGGUUUACAACUUUGCCACCAAAUCCCAUAGAUUCUUGGCCUCAUUUGGAAAGAUUAUUUCAUGAACAAUUCUACAUGGUCCAAACUAAGAUAAGUCUUAAGGAAUUAGCCAGUAUUAAAAGAAAAUUCACUGAACCUAUAGAUGAUUAUCUGAAUAGGUUCCGUUUUUUGAAAUCUAGAUGCUUUACAAUAGUGCCUGAACAUGAAUUGGUCGAAAUGGCCGCUGGAGGAGCAAAUAAGAAUUAUAAGAAAGACAGGAUUGCUUACGUCGAAGUCGAAGAUGAGGAGUCUGAAAUCUCUAAUGACCCUUAUGGUCUCGAGGAAUUCGAAGUAGAUUUGGCUGAAUUAAAAGAAGCACCACCUUAUGCUUGUAAAUUACUUACACCUUCGAAUGGUAGGAACCCUGUCGAAACUGAAAAGAAUGAUGGAUUUCCUAAAAAGACUUACACAUUUGAUGUUACCAAAUGUGAUGAAAUCUUCGAUUUAUUAGUAAAAGAUAGCCAAAUGAUAGUGCCUCCUAAUACCAAAAUUCCUCCAUUAGAACAACAGAAGAAAAGAGGCUUCUGUAAAUAUCACAAUUUUUUAGGCCAUAAAACCUCACAAUGCUUUCUUUUCAGGGAUCUUAUUCAGAAUGCAAUUAAGGAUGACCGCCUCAAGUUCGCUGACAGGGGGAGAAACAGAUGA